AUGAACGAACCACGACUCAGGAGGGUGACGACUGAGCCUCUCGGGGAAAACUACAAAUCAAGCGCUCAUCAGGCAGCUCAGCAAGUGCUCUGGGUUGGAUGCUCUGAUAGCGAUUCCAGGGAAUCUAAUGUUUUCAAUCUUGGCGACGAGCCACUCGUCCUUAGAAAUAUCGGCAAUAUAAUCAUUGAUGGCGAUCUGUCCUCCGAGACUGCGAUAAAACAUGCCGUCGUUGACCGUCAGGUGAAGCACAUCGUUAUUUGCGGCCAUUAUGGAUGUGGCAUUGUGAAAGCAGCCUCGAGAGAUGGUUUAAAAGGCGCAUGGCUGGGCAAGCUUAAUUCCCUCUAUGCUACGCAUGAAGAAGAUAUCAAUCAAACCCUCGUGAUAGAACGCGACCGCGCUUUUGUCGAGUUGAACGUUCUUGAUCAAUUGCGUUCAUUGCGCAAAUUUACUGAAGUGACCGACGCAAUUAAGAAGGGGCACUUGCAAAUCCAUGGGCUGGUAUAUUAUACAAAGGCUGAGAAGGCCUACGGGGUGUUGGAAGGGCAACAAAGCUCUUAG